UGUAGCCGGAGGGCGGGUUGUACCUUAGGGAGGAAGCCGAAACGUGAGAGUAGUCGCGCCGUCGGGUCUCUCCGCGUCUCCCCGGCGUAUCCUAGUUUGCCAUGGCUUUAACCGGGACGACGACGGCCGCCGCCGCCGGAAUCCUUCUCGUCUGCUGCUGCUUUCACAGUUGCCGAGGUCAGUACGGGAACCAUCUGAACCAGUAUAUUCAGCAUUAUGAGGGCCUGUCGUACGACACCGCAGCCCUCCACAGCAGCCACCAGAGAGCCAAGAGAGCCCUCGCUCACCACGACAAGAUCGUGUCGCUGGACUUCCACGCUCACGGAAGAGAUUUCAACUUGCGAAUGAAGAGAGACACGUCCACAUUCUCCCCAGAUGUCGUCAUCGAGGUAUCAGGAGAAGACGUGCCCGUUGACACCUCCCACAUUUACUCCGGAGAAAUCUUCGGUGAAGAGGGCUCCCUGACGCAUGGCUCUGUGGUGGAGGGACGCUUCGAAGGCUUCAUCCAAACCCAGCAGGGAACAUACUACGUGGAACCCUCCGAGCGGUACCUGAAAGACCAGGAAGUCCCUUUCCACUCCAUCAUCUAUCACGAGGAUGACAUCAAUUAUCCUCAUAAGUACGGCUCCGAGGGCGGCUGUGCCGACCACUCCGUGUUUGAGAGGAUGCGGAAAUACCAGGAAUCUGCAGUGGGGGAGUCAGUCAAGCGGGCCGGCGGUGUGAUGGAGGAGGAGGAGCAUGGCCACGGUCCAGUCGUCUUGAGGAGGAAGAGGGCAGCGAGCGUAGAAAAAAACACUUGCCAGCUCUUCAUCCAGACCGAUCACCUCUUCUUCCAGUACUACAACACGCGGGAGGUGGUCAUCGCUCAGAUCUCCAGCCACGUGAAGGCAAUCAACUCCAUUUACCAGAGCACGGACUUCAUGGGCAUCCGGAACAUCAGCUUCAUGGUCAAAAGGGUUAAGAUAAACACCACCCUUGACGAGAAGGACCGGACCAACCCCUUCCGCUUCCCCAACAUUGGAGUGGAGAAGUUUUUAGAGCUGAACUCGGAGCAGAAUCACGACGACUACUGCUUGGCCUACGUCUUCACCGACAGGGACUUCGACGACGGGGUGCUGGGCUUGGCCUGGGUCGGGGCUCCCUCAGGGAGCUCAGGGGGCAUCUGUGAGAAGAGUAAGCUGUACUCUGAUGGCAAGAGAAAGUCUCUGAACACCGGCAUCAUCACUGUGAAAAACUACGCCUCCCACGUCCCCCCCAAGGUCUCACAUAUCACCUUCGCCCAUGAAGUCGGCCACAACUUUGGCUCUCCUCAUGACUCUGGGAUCGAGUGCACGCCAGGUGAGUCCAAGAUGCAGGACAAGAAGGAGCGGGGCAACUACAUCAUGUACGCCAGAGCGACGUCCGGAGACAAACUGAACAACAACAAGUUCUCCAUCUGCAGCAUUCGCAACAUCAGCCAGGUGCUGGACAAGAAGAGGGGCAACUGCUUUGUUGAGUCGGGCCAGCCUAUCUGCGGUAAUGGGCUGGUGGAGGCAGGGGAGCAGUGCGACUGCGGCUUCAACGAUCAGUGUAAAGACUCCUGCUGCUACGACGCCAAUGAGGCCGAGGGCAAGAAGUGCAAACUGAAGCCGGGCAAGAUCUGCAGUCCCAGUCAGGGUCUGUGCUGCACCCCAGAGUGCACCUAUGAGGGCACCACCAGGAGCUGCCGGCCGGAGUCGGAGUGUGCUCAUGAGGGGAUGUGUAACGGAGCCUCGUCUCAGUGCCCCACCUCGGAACCCAAAGCCAACUUCACCGCCUGCCACGGAGACACGCAAGUCUGCCUCAAUGGGGGCUGCUCCGGCUCCAUCUGCGAGAAGUACGGUCUGGAGAUGUGUACCUGUGCCAGCCAGGAUGGCCAAGAUGAGGCGGCCGAGCUGUGUCACGUCUGCUGCAUGGACAAAUUGAAACCCAACACCUGCAGCAGCACUGCCUCGGACAGAUGGUUGGACUUCUUCAGCAAGAAGGUCACCACACUUCAGCCCGGCUCGCCCUGCAACGACUUCAAGGGCUACUGCGACGUCUUCAUGAAGUGUCGGCUGGUGGACGCCGAUGGACCGCUGGCCAGGCUAAAGAAGGCCAUCUUCAACGCAGAGCUCUACGAGAACAUUGCCGAAUGGAUUGUGGCUCACUGGUGGGCUGUGCUGCUAAUGGGCAUUGCGCUCAUCAUGCUAAUGGCCGGUUUCAUCAAGAUCUGCAGCGUCCACACUCCCAGCAGCAACCCCAAGCUCCCCCCACCCAAACCACUGCCAGGUACACUGAAGAGGAGGCGAGCCCAGCAAGCAAACGCCCAGGCCCAGCGCCACCACCGCCAGCCCAGGGAGAACUACCAGAUGGGCCAGAUGAGACGCUGAGACGCCGCUCUGCCCUUUGCCUUGGUUCUCUCUAGUGCCUACGACAGGAGCGCUUCUCCCCAAAGACUUUACUUUUCCCACCACCUACUGCGAAACUCUGAAAACUGGCAACACGAGUUCUUUCACUGGACAGAGCCCGGCGUUUCCCAGGGCCGAACAAACCCACCAAGCACCUCGUCUACCAACAGCAGGGGCUCCAACAGAACACAGCAGCAACGUUCUCAAGGAAGAACCGCUGGAGAUAAAAAAAAAAAUCCUGGUUUCUGUUACGUGGUCCUCCUUUUUUAUUUGAAACCUUUGCUUUUUUGUGUUAUUAGGAUACAGGAGAACAGGAGAUUCUCUUCUUCCCCCCUUCAUUUACGCUCCUCUCCAGUUCCUCCUCCCUGAGGUGCUGCCGCCAUCAGCAGGAUGACAGGACUGCAAGUUGCAUAUGUUUUUGCUGCCAAUCAAAAUGCAGGAAAGGAGACCUUUUGCCAAUGUAAUUUAGAUUGUUUUAAAUGAAAACGACGUAAAAAUAACUGAAGCUUUUAUUUGUAAAGCAUACAUGUCCUCUCUGCGGGCAAUUGUACAGAUAUUGCAGUGUAGGGUUUUUGUAUGUGUGUGUGUGUGUGUGUGUGUGUGUGUGUGUUUCAUAUGAAAUUAAUUUUCUGCUUUCUGAUGAAGAUUAUUUACCAUUUUAAUUCACUUUUCUCAGGAUUAAUAAAAUAAAUCAGAAAGUAGUGUGUGUGUGUGUGUGUGUGUGUGUGUGUGUGUGUGUGUGUGUGUGUGUGUGUAUGGGGGGCGGCAAAGCUGAAAAAGAUGGCCGCCCGCUUAAGUACCCCAGAAGAGGGAGAGCAGCGCCUGGCUUGUUUGUUAUGGUUGGACUGGUUCUCAGUACUGGUAUGUUAUGGUUGGACUGCUUCUCAGUACUAGUGUGUGAUGGUUGGACUGGUUCUCAGUACUGGUGUUAUGGUUGGACUGGUUCUCAGUACUGGUAUGUUAUGGUUGGACUGCUUCUCAGUACUGGUGUGUGAUGGUUGGACUGGUUCUCAGUACUGGUGUGUGAUGGUUGGACUGGUUCUCAGUACUGGUGUGUGAUGGUUGGACUGGUUCUCAGAACUGGUGUGUGAUGGUUGGACUGGUUCUCAGUACUGGUGUGUCGUAACUGCCCUGCGAUGGAGAGGCGUGUGGUGAUCUCAUGACAGGAUGUACUGAACGGCUGAAUAAGAUGAGGGAGACAUCUGACUGAAGAAGAACGUGAGGUUCGGAGGGGCGAUGGCCCAUUGGGAGGUUGUGGCGUGACAUGGCUUCAUUAAGUAGAGUGAAUCUUUCAUCCAAGUCCGGUGGGAGGUUCUCCAGCAGCGAUGCACCGUGGGGUCGAGUUUACCAGCAGGAGAAACACUUUCUAGCUUGAUAGUAUCACAGCUUCAUCGUCUUACCGCUAUUCUUCUCUGACUGGACGCUUUGACGGACGGACGGACUUUUGAGUGGCGUGUAAAACAACCACAUCAUAUGUCAGACGAGACACGGGUGGGAUUCGGGGAGGCAAAGUGGGGGAACGUUCAUUGUUUUGGUGUGAAAGGCCUGUUUACCAAGAGCUGAUGUAGUGUCUUCGGGCGGGAAGCUCGGUGGGAGGUGUAAAGCAGCGUUGGGAGUCAUCACAGAACCAGUCGGUAGGUCCGGCUGGACCCUCUCUGGUUUUUAUUUUGCCUCGGGGAAUAGCGUCUUAUCCGGGGCUGUUAUGAUGGACGUGACCGUCACAAACCAUUGUGGGUGGAGUCCUCUUUGCUUCGGCCUUUUAUUACGAAUACACUGAUCUAUUUUUCCAGACCAAGAACCUGUCUGGCUUUAAUAUAAUUGUCGCUUUUACUUGUAUUUACUUGCAAUUCAGAUUUUUUUUUGUGUAUGUGUGUGUGUAUGGGGGGGGGGGGGGGAGAAAUGUGUCACUUUAAAAAAAACAUGAAAAUUAAUCUUUUUUAUUUUAUUGUGGCUUAAUAGGUGUGGAUAUCCAGCCGAUUCAGGCUGGUGUUAACCGAAAUAUUACACAGGGCAGAGAAAUCGGCGGUCUCUCAGCGCCGCUGCCGUUUCCCCGUCGGCUCUGCAGCGACGAGGGCUCGGGUCAGCGUCACUCGGUCUGUGUCACCACGUUGAAAACAAUGUGCUCGCGUUGAAGCACAGCUUGACUGAAGCCAGGGAACGUGGAUCACUGAUCUUAAGAUGGGUUCGCCUUUUUCCAAACCCAGACAGCAUCAUUAAGAGUCACACAAACGAAACCGUCACUGAAUGGUUCGGUACUGAGAGACGUACCAAGUCCUCUGUCUGGUCUUCAGUGCGGUCCAAUGGGGCAAUCCUUCCAGGCUUCCAAAACCGUGGGCGGCACGGUCGCCCAGGGGUUAGCACCGUCGCCUCGCAGCGAGAAGGUCCUGGGUCCGAAACCCGGGGUUGUCCAACCUUGGGGGUCAUGCCAGGUCGUCCUCUGUGUGGAGUUUGCAUGUUCUCCCCGUGUCUGGGUGGGUUUUCUCCGGGUGCUGCGGUUUCCCCCACCAUCAGAAAGACAUGCAUGUUAGGGUUAAUACUCCUGUCUGUGCCCCUGACCGAAGCAUGGCAAGACCAGCUGGAGUCGGUCCCCGGGUGCUGCACGGCGGCCGCCCACUGCUCCUAGCUACACAGCUAGGAUGGCUUAAAUGCAGAGCAAUUUCCCUACAGGAUCAAUGGAGUAUAUCCAAAUCAAAAUCCAGAUAAAACAAAGUAAAAAUCUCUUUACUUGAAAACGAGAAGCUCCGCAAUAGUCAGACAGCUCAUAAAGUGAUCCGCUGAAAAUAAAGUUUCGAACCCUGCUUUUUUAAUCAAGUUAAAAAACUUAAUUUUACACAUCCCCAGUACAUUGUCCCUGCUACCUCCGUGUCUGUUUUAGCAGGAAGUUAGUCCAAGCUGCAGGAAGUUGGUUCAAGUCAAAUUAUAUUUUGCAGCCAUUCAAAGCUGAAUAACCUUAAGAUAAAUGAAUAGAAUAGAAUAGAAUACUCGUUGUCAUUUGUACAUACAUAGCAUGAAAUUCCUCUCUGCAUGAAGCCCGUCCUAGCUGUGUAGCUAGGAGCAGUGGGCAGCUGCAGCACCCGGGGACCAACUCCACUUAUUUCUUUCCACUGCCUUGCUCAGAGACACAGGCAGGAGUAUUAACCCUAACAUGCAUGUCUUUUUGAUGGUGGGAGGAAACCCACGCAGGCAUGAGGAGAACAUGCAAACUCCACACAGAAAGGACCUGGGACGGCCCGGGGUUCGAACCCGGGACCUUCUUGCUGUGAGGCAGCAGUGUUGACCACUGGGCCACCGUGCCAGAAGAAGAUAAGUCAGGCUGUACUGUGAGCUUUCCAUUUACACACACACAAAUUUUAUAUAUAUA